CCAGUACGCGCAUCCGAAAUGCGGAAGGACGUCAGGAUUUUGCUGGUGGGAGAGCCUAAAGUGGGAAAGACCUCUUUGAUCAUGUCACUGGUCAGCGAGGAGUUUCCAGAUGUGGUUCCAUACCGGGCUGAAGAGAUCACCAUACCCGCAGAUGUUACCCCAGAAAGAGUGCCCACCCACAUAGUGGAUUACUCAGAGGCAGAGCAGACGGAUGAACAGUUGUAUCAGGAAAUAUCAAAGGCCAACGUCAUCUGCAUCGUCUACUCAGUCAAUAACAAGAAAUCAAUUGAAAAGGUGACGAGUCAUUGGAUACCACUCAUAAAUGACAGAACUGACAAGGAUAGCAGGGUACCGCUGAUUCUUGUGGGGAACAAGUCAGAUUUGGUGGAGCACAGUAGCAUGGAGACGAUUCUGCCCAUUAUGAACCAGUACGCUGAGAUAGAGACCUGCGUGGAGUGUUCGGCGAAGAACCUGAAGAACAUCUCGGAGCUCUUUUACUAUGCUCAGAAAGCUGUCCUUCAUCCCACGGGCCCCCUGUACUGCCCAGACCAGAAGGAGAUGAGGCCAGCCUGUGUCAGGGCUCUAACCCGCAUCUUUAAGGUGUCGGAUUUGGACAACGAUGGCAUUCUCAACGAUAACGAGCUCAACUUUUUCCAGAGGACCUGCUUCAAUACUCCGCUCGCACCGCAGGCCCUGGAGGACGUUAAGAACGUAGUGAAGAAAAAUUUGACGGACGGGGUUUGUGACAACGGCCUGACCCUGAAAGGCUUCCUCUUCCUCCACACACUAUUCAUCCAGAGAGGGAGGCAUGAAACCACGUGGACUGUGCUAAGGCGCUUUGGUUAUGAUGAUGACUUAGAGCUCCAUCAGGACUACCUCUUCCCCCCGUUAAAAAUACUUCCAGAUUGCACCACUGAGCUCAACCAUAAUGCUUACCUGUUCCUGCAAAGCGUCUUUGACAAACAUGACAAGGAUCGGGACUGUGCAUUGUCUCCAGAGGAGCUUAAGGAUCUUUUUGAUGUCUUCCCCUACAUGCCAUGGGGUCCUGAUGUUAACAACACAGUCUGUACCAACGACCAGGGCUGGAUCACCUACCAAGGCUACCUCUCUCAGUGGACGCUGACUACCUACCUAGACGUCCAGCGGUGUCUGGAGUAUCUGGGAUAUUUAGGUUAUUCCAUCAUCUCUGAACAGGAGUCCCAGGCUGCUGCUAUCACAGUGACCCGGGAUAAGAAGAUAGACCUCCAGAAGAAGCAGACUCAGCGUAAUGUAUUCCGCUGUAACGUGUUUGGAGGGAACGGCAGUGGCAAGAGCGGUUUUCUUCAGGGCUUUCUCGGAAGGAACCUCAUGCGGCAGAAGACAGUACGGGAGGAGCACAAAUCUUAUUACGCAAUCAGCACUGCCUACGUGUACGGCCAGGAAAAAUACCUUCUGCUGCAUGAAGUCUUCCCAGACUUUGACUUCCUCUCUGAGACUGACCUGUCCUGUGAUGUCGUAUGCUUAGUCUAUGAUGUCAGUAACCCGUGCUCUUUUGAGUACUGUGCCAGGGUCUUCAAGCAAUACUUCAUGGAUAGCAAGACGCCGUGCAUGAUGGUCGCCGCCAAGUCGGACCUGCCGGAGAUGAAGCAGCAGUACAGUCUCACGCCGCUGGAGUUCUGCCGCAAACACAAGAUGCCCCCUCCGCAGUCCUACACCUGCAACACUGCCGCACCCCCCAGCAAAGACAUUUUCAUCAAACUCACCACCAUGGCCAUGUACCCCCACGCUCGUCUACGCUGCUUGUGCACCUGUAACAGGUGCACCUUCUGCCUUUGUCAGAACUUGCUAAACUCGGAGCUGCUCCAGACCGUUAAGGCCAAACUCUACACUACCGUGUUCAGCAGGCAUGUGUCCCAGGCAGAUCUGAAGAGUUCCAGUUUCUGGCUGAGAGCGAGCAUUGGAGCCACGGUGUUCGUUGUCUUGGGCUUCGCUGUGUACAGGGCCCUGCUCAGAUCUCGAUGAUCCACGUCAUCCUCAACCUCCACACAUCCUCUGAGACAUCCCAC